CCAAUGGAGCUGACGGAGAGGAGGGGUUAACUUGUCCAUGAUCAUAAAUACUCUGAGCAGCUUUUUCACGUCCGCUCUCUUACCCCAGAAAAGAUUGACCACGGUGGAGCAGUACAUUCUCGGCUAAAACACCCCCUUUAAAAAAAACUCGCAAUCAUGAGCAGGAAAUUCUUCGUUGGUGGAAACUGGAAGCUGAAUGGCGACAAGAAAAGCCUCGGCGAGCUCGCGCAGACCAUGAACGCAGCCAAGGUGGACCCCAAUGUCGAGGUGGUGUGUGGUGCUCCAUCAAUCUACCUGGACUUUGCCAGGUCCAAGCUGGACGCCAAGUUUGAGGUUGCUGCUCAGAACUGCUACAAAGUUGCCAAGGGUGCCUUCACUGGGGAGAUCAGCCCUGCAAUGAUCAAGGACUGCGGAGUGAACUGGGUGAUCCUGGGGCACUCCGAGAGGCGCCAUGUUUUCGGCGAGAGCGAUGAGCUCAUUGGUCAGAAGACAGCCCACGCUCUGGAGAGUGGUCUCUGUGUCAUCGCCUGCAUCGGCGAGAAGCUUGACGAGAGAGAGGGCGGCAUUACAGAGAAGGUCGUCUUUGCUCAGACCAAGGUCAUCGCAGACAACGUGAAGGACUGGAGCAAGGUCGUGCUUGCGUACGAGCCCGUGUGGGCCAUCGGCACCGGCAAGACCGCUUCCCCCCAGCAGGCUCAGGAGGUUCAUGAUAAACUGAGGGGGUGGCUGAAGACCAACGUGUCCGAGGCUGUAGCCAACUCCGUGAGGAUCAUCUAUGGAGGCUCUGUGACCGGUGCUACCUGCAAAGAACUUGCCUCCCAGAAGGAUGUGGAUGGGUUCCUUGUCGGCGGAGCCUCCCUCAAGCCAGAGUUUAUUGAAAUCAUCAACGCUAAGGCAUAAAAACCUGUGCAGCUGCAACGUGACCGUGUCCAGAUCAGAGGCCAGAUCCAUUCAGACGAUCCAGUUCCAUCAUCACUUACUCCUCUUCCCCUUUAUAUAAUACAGUAUUUGUAAUGGUGUCAUUCCCUUUUCUUUUUUUUUUUUUUUAAAUAUAUAUUUUUCAUCAUGAAGAAAAGGGACAGGUUGAUACAUGCACUGAACAGAGUUAAGUCCACUGAGAAAAGUCUGCGUGCAAACUAACUGCCACAUCAAGUGCUCAAGCUAUAAAGACUUACAACUACACCUUGAGGUGGACAGCCGGUCCCCGCCUUUUACUUGAAGAGUUUACCAACCUUUUUUGUGUAAAUGGUGUCACAGCUCAUUGUCAAUCGGUUGUAUUUGUCUUUUUUAGAUCAAUGUCUCUUUUGUGGAAUUAUGAUGUUCUGUGGCUUUUACCCCCCCACCCCCCUCCCCCCUGUAGUCCACCAUGAUCCUCUCGUUCAUUGGCUGGAUUGCCAAGAGGGAAGCGUCCAUUUCAUGUUAUUCAUAUUGUGUCAUGGCCAAUAGGUUUAAGGAAACGUUAUAAUAAACAGUUUAGAGACCGUU